AUGUCACCCCUCCGCCGGCCAGUGGGGCACAAACUUUCCGUAGGACUACCAGAGUCACAGCAGGACAGCACUCCAACCUCAAUAGACUUCCACGACCAACAGUGGGAACGGCGCACGGGGCUGCUGCAUCACCAGGCCCUUGACCUAGAGCUGUUUGGUAGUGUAGUUAACCUCGGUCGCCGAGACGUCGACCCAAAAAAGGGGGGUAAGGACGACACAAGAUGGCGGCCGUACCGUUCUAGGAUCAGCCCGGUGAUUUGUGGACCAGCCCCCGGUUUCAACCCCCUGAAGCAGCGAGCGAACAGACGACUUUCAGAAACUACAACUUGA